GAAAAAACUUCAACGCAUGGUCAUGGUACUACAAUUGGCGGACCAAUUACUCAAGAAACCUCUAGACAUCAUCAAUGAUGUUUUGGUAAAAGUCGGAAGAUUUAUCUUCCCCGCCGACUUUGUAGGACUAGACAUGAAAGAAGGGCCAACCUCCAUCAUUCUCGGAAGACCAUUCUUAGCCGCCGGAGGAGCACAAAUCGAUGUCAAAGGAGGUAAAAUCAUUUUCCGUCUUGAUAAAGAAACACAUGAAUUCUCUAUGAGAGAAUGCAUUGAUGGGGAUGAAGGGGGACAAACAAAAAAUGAGGAUGCAUAUGAGGACGUACUCGAGAUCACACCGGUGGACAACAAAGAAAAGAGGCACAAUGAUCAGAUUCUACCCAAGAAAAGCACCUCAUCCACCGCCUUAAAAGAGGUUCGUUCGUCCGGCCUAUGACUUUGUAGGACUAGACAUGAAAGAAGGGCCAACCUCCAUCAUUCUCGGAAGACCAUUCUUAGCCGCCGGAGGAGCACAAAUCGAUGUCAAAGGAGGUAAAAUCAUUUUCCGUCUUGAUAAAGAAACACAUGAAUUCUCUAUGAGAGAAUGCAUUGAUGGGGAUGAAGGGGGACAAACAAAAAAUGAGGAUGCAUAUGAGGACGUACUCGAGAUCACACCGGUGGACAACAAAGAAAAGAGGCACAAUGAUCAGAUUCUACCCAAGAAAAGCACCUCAUCCACCGCCUUAAAAGAGGUUCGUUCGUCCGGCCUAUGACGUUAAACUAAGCGCUAAUUGGGAGACAAUCCAACAAAAUAAAGAAUAAAAACAGAAAAAGAAAAGAAAAGAAAAGAAAAGAAAAAAUCACCAUCUCAACUUAGGUAUCAUGCAAUUCCUACUCUGAAAGAUGUCUCAUUCCGCUAUUGAAUAUUUCAUCCUUCAUUGCAUCUUCCAAUCUACAUUGCGGAUAAUAUAAAUCAAGUGUGGGGGGGAAAUAAUAGUUGAUAAAUUUUUUCUUUGAUUUUUUUUUUCUAGGAAGGUUAUACAUUUUGAUUAGAAAGAUUUGGCUGAGAAAGAUUUCUUUUACUCACAAAGUUUGGGGUAUUUAAAUUACAUAUGCAAGUUUGGGGUGUUUAUCUCACAUCCCAUCAAACUUUGGGGUAUUUUUAUUAUUUUUCCCUUUGCACAGAGUGCAAAUUCGAAACAAAAGUUCCAUCCCAAAUACAAAUCAUUCUAUGUUGUCACUUUAUCCUCAUUUUGACAACCCAAAUAUACAAUUAUGGAGAACCAAUAAAUGAGUUAAAAAAAACGAAAGAAAAAUUAUGUUCUACUAGAAUACCCUUCUCUACAAAAUCAAGUUGAC